AUGGCCUAUCUUCCUACUGUUACCGUCACAGACUUCGCGAUGCCCAGACGGAGAGCCCGCUUCAACAUAGGUCUGGAGGACGACACCGUGCCUUCGGUCCACACGCUACGUCACCUUGUGAGCACAGGCAUCGAACAGAUUCGCGAUCUCAAGACCGUUUUGAUGACGAUUUGGGAACAGGCUGAGGAGAUCGAAAGGGCGCUGGAUCAGGCGAACGAUGCACUUAAGACCAUGGAUGCAAGGGAGACUGCAAGUCAUGAGCGGGAGUCAGCGAGACAAGAGCGCAGAACUGAGACGAACGGAGUGCUGCAUUUUCCUGCUCUGCGCAGCCCGCGGGGCACGGAGAUGGGGUUUCCAGGGCUGAUGUAA